AUGCCACCUACGUUUGCCACAAUUGUCUUGGCACUGCUGCUUUCUGGUGCCCAGGCAUUUGUGCCCAUUGGUGGCGGCAGCUCCACUCACGUUACCAUCACAGGAAAUGCGGCGUUGAAGAAGAUCACAGAAGUGUGUCGCGCAGUGGCUGAGGCUGAGGGCAGAGAAUUUAACCCCACGGGCUCUUCAGCGGAGGAGCUCUUGCGGGCUUGCCUUGGCACGGCCACCGGCGAGGUUUCCGCCGGAAAAUUCCGUGCCGCACUGAACGAGAUCUACAUGCAGAACGGCCUGGUGGACCGGGACUUUAUGACCAGCAACCCACAUCAUUUCAACAGCGAGGCUUUUGCAGAGGGACGAAAUCUUAUCACCCAAGGAGUAGCAAGCAUUAAAGCUGGGAUCCGGGAGGGUAACUUCCAGUCAGCCAGGGAGACCCUGGGCAGAGUGUGUCACACGCUGCAGGAUUUUUACAGUCACAGUAACUGGGUUGAAUUGGGCAACACUGCUCCCUAUGUCAACCUCAUCAGACCAGACCUCCCCGUCGGCAAUAUUGCAGAUAUCAACACUCCCACAUGCAGUGAUUGUGCCAGCGGUUCUUGUCCUAACCCUCUGCUACCGUCCAUCAUCGCUGAGAAAAAACUCACCUCAGGCUACGUGGGCAUCACCUCUUCCUCCAAACCUGCAGGUAAGUGCAGUCAUGGCGGGCCGUCCGACCUUAGCAGCUCCCAGCAUCCACGCGGCGGAAUCAGCAAAGAUGAACGUCGUACUGACAACGCAGCCUUUCACAAUGCUGCAGUUAGCCUGGCGACCGAGGCCACCUUGGAGCUCCUGGAGGAUAUCCGCGGUGCUGCGGGAAACUAUGACUUUUUGCGGCUGAUGGGCAUAGCCCGUUCUGCUGUUCUCUGUUUUGUGAUUGACACUACGGGGAGCAUGGCUGACGACAUCGCCGAGGCGAAAAGAGUCGCCUACAACAUCAUCGACAGUAAGAAAGGAACGCAGGACGAGCCGUCGGAAUACAUCCUGGUCCCGUUUAACGACCCCUCAUUUGGUCCACUCAUCAGAACCACAGACCCAGAGGUUAUGAAGUCAGAGAUAUCAAAGCUUGGAGCAAAAGGUGGAGGUGACACCCCAGAAAUGUGCCUGUCAGGACUACAGCUGGCUCUUACCGGGGCACCUCCUACCUCUCACAUCUAUGUUUUCACUGACGCCCCAGCCAAAGACAUAGACCUGGAGAGGACGAUCAUCGCUCUCAUCCGCAGCACCAAGUCAACCGUGUCGUUUUUAUUAACAUCCAGAGGAAGGCGACGAAGGGCACUUGAGGUCAUCCCAAGGUCAGCUUUCCGUGUAUACUACGAUGCUGCACUGGCCUCUGGCGGCCAGGUCAUAGAGGUCACCAAGUCAAGCCUCCCCCAGGCAACUGACAUCAUCGUGGACACCUCCACCUCUGCACUGGUGACUAUUCUUCAGCGAGCUAGGAACCCAGGACAAACGGAGAGUUUCCCCUUUUUCUUGGACAGCUCUGUUUCCAACGUAACAAUUUACAUCACUGGCAACAAUCUCAAAUUCACACUAAUUAACCCUUCAGGCGUAACCCAGUCUGGCACGGUACUGCAAGGGCCUCUGGGAAGCAUACAGGUGGUAGGGAACCUGUGGAGGAUCCGACUCAACUCUUCCAACCAGACGGGAAUGUGGCAGAUUAGUAUGGAGACCACUCAGGCUUAUACCAUCAAAGUGACAGGCCAGAGUGCAAUCACUUUCGUUUAUGAUUUUGUGGAGGAAUUCAAAGGGCCUCAUCCAGGAUACGCCAGCCUCAGUGGACAACCCCAGGCCGGCUUACCUGCCACUCUGUUGCUAACAGUUACGGGGCAGAAGGGCCCAGAGUCUCUUAAGGUACAGGAAGUUCAUCUGGUAGAGGUGUCGGGAGCCCACGUGUCCAAGGGUACCAUAAAGGAAGUAGGUGGUGGGGACCUCCUGGUGACUGUGACUGAGGUACCAGGAGGCGAGUUUGUGGUCCUGCUGCAGGGAGAAGACACGACCUCCUCCACUUUGUUUCAGAGACAAUCCACCACCCAGAUAUCUCGCUCCAAAGUCACAGUUAAGGCUGUUGUUGAUGGCACCAUGUUGCCAGGACAACAAUACAAACUACCCUUCACCGUGACUACCAACGGGACAGGCGGAAACUACGUAAUCCGUGCCAGGAAUGACAGGAGCAUCCCUAUGGACUUCCCAAAAAGUCUUUCUCUGGGAAGUGGGGGAAGUGCCAAUGGAACAAUAACCCUCACCCCUCCUUCAAACACUCUCUCUGGCACCGACGUCACACUGACCGUUGAGGCCGAGGGACCUGGGAGUGCUGACUCCAACUACGUUGUGUUGCGGCUCUUGGUGGUCGCCAAGGUCACCGAUUUCACCCCUCCGGUGUGUGAGAUAGUUAGCGUAAAGGCUAACUGCUCUGCCGACUGCACCCUGACGACGUGGGACUUGUCUGUCAAUAUUACAGACGGGAACGGCACAGGCAUUCAGGACGUAUCUGUACAGCAAGGAGGAGGAAACUUCACCAUGAACACGACGGAGGAAGGAGAUGUCACAGUGAUACAGGGUGCCUAUACUGCCUCCUGCUGUUCACCGGAUGUUACAAUCGCUGCUGUUGACAAGGCUGGGAAUGUUGGCAAAUGCUUUUAUUCCAUCAGGCCGCCUACCACUACCACCACCGCAACACUAGUUACCACGCCCAGCGCAGGCCCGCCCUCACUCAGCCUGUCCGUCACCCUGUGGAUCUGCCUGCUUGUCUCCAUGCUGACGACAGCAAGGGACAUUCUUUCAUUGUCUCUCUGA